ACACGCCCAAAAUACCACGUGUAUCGUCGUCACAAGGAAGUUAACAUAGAUAUUACAUUUUAAAGUUUACAUAAACUUAUUGUACAGCCAAAAUUUUUGUGUGCUAACUAACACAAUGUUUUGAAAUUUUCACUUCCCUUGCUAAGAAUUAUAAGAUAUUGAUUUUAGAGUAGUUUUGACACCAGGCUGGCAACAGAGCAUCGUUGAGUCUGUCUAAACAUGGCAGACGACGAUUUGGAGUAUUAUAUUAAGUUCCCUUCUCCAACCUUAAAAGAGUCCACACCUACCAGUGAAACGGAGGAGUUUGUGUUUGUUUAUGAUGAAGAUAACUUGCCCGUGAUAAUGCUGUUAGGAUGGGCAGGUUGUCAAGACAAAUACCUUUCCAAAUACAGUGUUAUAUACGAAGAAAGAGGAUGUAUUACUGUCCGCUACACAGCACCAGUUGAUUGCUUAUUUUGGAGGCGAGGACGUAUGCACCAACUAGGACAUAGACUUGUGGAGCUUAUCACUGAUAUGAGUUUAGAAGAACAUCCUAUAUUCUUCCAUGUCUUCUCUAAUGGGGGAGCAUUCCUCUACCAGCAUGUCAGCCAGGCAAUUCAGAUGCGUAGCAAGCCAUUGAAGGUGAAAGGUGUGAUAUUUGACAGUGCCCCAGGCAAGAGGCGGAUAAUGUCUCUGUUCCGAGCACUAACAGUAAUCAUCGGUGGUCCCGCAUACUUUAAUAUUCCAGCUGCUGUUCUUAUUACAGCAUUCCUUGCUGUCGUAUGGUUGUUUGAAGUUAUAGCUCGUUCACUCAAGGAGAGGAAGCCAUUGCAGACGGAUCCAAUUGAUUUAGUUGAGGAACCCUUUAAUUGGCCUCAGCUGUUUCUCUACUCAACUACAGACAAACUGAUUAAAUAUGAGGAUAUUGAAAAAUUCGCAGAGCGUCGGCGUGAAAGAGGAGUAAAUGUAUCGACAGUUCGGUUUGAUGACUCGCCUCACGUCAAACAUUUUUCUGUACAUCGAGAAACUUAUAUAAAUACAGUAUGCAGCUUCCUUCACUCGUGUCUGUCAGAAGUGGGUGACAGUUCAGUAAAAACUUCUGACCAGCCCAAGAGUGAAGCCGACCCAUCUGCAACACCUUCAACAUCCCUGAAACUUGCAGUGGCAGAACCUACCAAAUUAGUGAAAUCUGAGUGAUGUAAUAGUAACUAACCCAUUUUUAAGUUUGGGCAGGUUUAUGAAGUAAUGUUUUUAACUGAUUCAAGUUGAAUCCCGUAAAGGGAUUUCAAAUAUCAAUAACAUAUUGUUUUGACCUUGAAAAUUUUUGAUUUUAUAAUCAUUUCUUUUCAGCCAAAUUUAACCUUUUUUUGGAGCUAAUUCAUACAUAUUUAGAUGAGGCUGAAAGUCUAAAUCUUAGCAAAGUAUUACAGAAAAGAAUAUGUACAACAUUUAUGCUACACAUUGUUUAUCUUCAUUUAUAAAUGCCUUGAUUCCUGUGAUUUAGCAAUUACAUGGUGGUUCAGGUAGUUGUUUUAUUGUCAAAUGUUAACAUAUGCUGUAUACUGCAUAUUAUAAUGCUUUUUUGAACAUAUUCAGACUUUGCAUGUUAAAAUCAGUCAUUCCAACAUAGUACAGUAUUAUGUAGGAAACCCUAGUCAUGUCAUGGAACAUUAAGAAGUCAAUUAUAAUUUGGCUAUUUGUAAUCUGUAGAUGCUCAUCUACAUGUGGUAAACACGCUGUUGUAAUAAUAGUCAUUAGUUCUAAGGUACCCCUAUAUCAGCUUAUAUAAAAGACUGCAAAGUGAUUUCUGACAUUUUGCUGCAAGAAAUGCAUGGCUGACACUUUUGAAUAUAGUAAUUUAAAAUGGCUAUUUAUAUGCUGUUGUGUAACUUCAUAUAUUCUAUAAUCAGUCUUAAGUAUGAAGACUGAAAUGUUGAACACAUUAAAAUGUAAAUACUAUGUUAGUUUUAACCAAAAUUGAAAAAUGUUUUAGUCAUAAACAUGUGAUAUAAGAAAUUGCUUGCUUAUAUAAUUAGUUUAGUUUAUUUUUUAUUAUUAUUUACGUAUUUAACUGAAACAUGCUAGGGGGUAUAUAGAUUAGUUGCAGUGUAGAAAGUGUAACUAUUCACUGCUGUUUUAGUCAUAAACAUGUGAUAUAUGCAUUUACUUAUUUAAUUAGCUUAUUUUAUUUUUUAUUAUUCAGGUCACGAAUAUUAUUUUAUUAUGUCUUACAACAAAUCUACUGCAAAGAUGAAUAUUGUAAUGAUUACACGUGAUCAGUAUUAAGUCCACAUUUUAAUGCUUCUAAUGAUGCAUUUUAAUUUUGAUUAUAUUUAUAUAUAAUGAAUAUGUAAUUAUACAUAACUAACUCCCAGGUAGCAGAACCUUCAGGUCCAACACGUAAGCCCGCCAACGGACACGAUCCGGAGCCAACUCCAUCUAGUUGGUAAUUGUACAUACACCAUUGGUCAGCACAUUAAAAGAGACCUAUUAAACUGUUAUAGGUAGUGGGUCAAAAGGUGAUAGAAACAUGAGCCAUUCACAUGCCUAAAAUAAUUUCAACCUUUGGAGAAUCUGUAAUCUGGAUGGAAGGGUCAUUGUUCCUGAGAUCACACGAAAUUUUCUCUUAUUUUGUUUUAUCCAUAGGAAUGUUUUAUAUACUUGUACAGUUUCUGCUCAAACUAGAAUUAAUUUUAAGUAGGUGUAUUAUGUUUCAACAUUGUUUCAAUGUUUUGAGUUAGCGUGGAACACCAUGUUUACUCUGAUAUAAGAUGAAUCUUUUCUGUUUCAGAAUCAGAACAAAAGCAAAAGACAUCACCUGCAAAGCACUGUGAUUUAAAAUUAACAUAUUAAAGUUAUUUCAAUGCAUCUGUUAAUUGAAAUGACAGAUGAUCACACUAUAAAGCAACGUUACUUAAUAGAAUGGUCUGUAUUAGUGGGGCUGGCUCCUACAGAGAAGGGGUGGAUUUUGGUGUGAAAAGUGAUGGUGGUCUUAAGUUCCAAUAUGAGGAAUUUUAGAUUGUUUCAGUGUCUUAGUAGUCUCCCCGCUUUUCGUCUAUACCGCCGUAGAUUAGAGCUGGUUCUGCACUGAGACAUCCUCUUCCCUUGCAUCUAAAUAUAAAUUUGUGGCAAUGCACUUUACUGACUCCACUGUAAUGUAAUGUUCUUUCCUCAUAAUGCAACCCAAAAUGACACAAAUGUUAGUUAACGUGAAUAUGAUAUGCAAUUCAAUAGUCCUGCCUUUUUGUGCUUCAGCUAAUUCUAAUAGUCUGUGUUACCCUUAACGACAAUUGACUGAAAUUUGUUUUAAUUUUAUUUUUUACAAUAUGUAAAAUGUUACUGCUCAAAAUGUGUUAACGUGUACUUAAAAUAUUUUGAUUGAGUGGAAAAAUAAAUCCAUCCAAACACAGCAUAA